AUGUGCAGAUUUGAUGAAUCAAAAUCAACAUAUGAGACAGUUGUUCACAAGCAGUCAGAUCAAGAAAAGGCUAAAUAUAAAAUGCGUUUGAUUACUUCAAUUGAGGUGGCUCGAUAUCUCUCAACACAAGGACUAGCAUUUCGUGGUCACGAUGAAAGUGAAAGUUCGGCUAAUCCAGGAAAUUUUAUUCAACUUGUGAAAACCUUUGGCCAAAUUACUUCGAAUAUUAAAGAAGUUACUCUAAACAAUGCUCCAUUAAACCACAAGAUGAUAUGUUCAGAUAUUCAAAAGGAGAUUGUAAUGGAAAUUUUGAAAGAAAUUAUAAGUGAUAUUGGUGAUUCGACGUUUUGUCUAAUGGUUGAUGAAGCAAGGGAUAUUUCAAUGAAAGAGCAAAUGGCCUUAGUGGUAAGGUAUGUCGACAACUCUGGUAUUGUGAUUGAGCGAUUUUUAGGAGUUGAACAUGUUACUGAUACUAGUGCUUUGACUCUUAAAGCAACUAUUGAUGAUUUUUUUUCUCGAUAUGGAUUGAGUGUCUCUAAAUUACGUGGUCAAGGUUAUGAUGGAGCUAGUAAUAUGAGAGGUCAAUUCAAUGGCCUAAAAACACUCAUCUUGAAUGAGAACCCUUGUGCAUAUUAUAUUCAUUGCUUCGCUCAUCAGCUCCAAUUAGCUUUAGUAGCAGUUGCUAAGAAGCACGAUCAUAUUUCUUCACUUUUUGAUUUUACUACAAGAGUGUUGAAUGUUGUUGGUUCUUCAUGUAAACGUCGUGAUUUGCUUAGAAAAAAGCAACAUGAAAACAUAAUCGAUGCACUCAAUAUAGGGGAGAUUUCAAGUGGGCGAGGUCUAAAUCAAGAAACAAAUCUCAAACGAGCAGGUGAUACGCGUUGGAGCUCGCAUUACAAUACUUUGUUGAGUUUGAUCAAUAUGUUUGAUGCAGUAAUUGAUGUACUUGAAGUUAUUGGCCGUGAUGCUUCAAGUACAAGUCAUCGAACAGAAGCACAAGACAUUGUUGAUAGGCUUUUGUCAUUUGAUUUUGUAUUGAGCCUUUUUUUGAUGAAAAAGGUAUUGGCGAUCACAAAUGAGCUAUCUCAAGCACUUCAAAGGAAAGAUCAAGAUAUUGUGAAUGGAAUGAGAUUAGUUCAAGUGUCAAAGAUUCAAAUUCAAUCAUUUCGAGAAAACGGGUGGGAUUUUUUGUUUGAAAGUGUAACCGUAUUUUGUAAGAAGCACAAAGUUGAUGUUCCUCAAAUGGAUGUUAAAUAUGUUGCUCGAGGACGAAGAAGACGGAAUGAAGAAGAAAUGACAAAUUUACAUCAUUAUAAGGUUGAGACUUUUUACACUAUUUUGGAUAUGCAACUUGGAGAGCUAAAUGCUCGAUUCUCUGAUUCGACAAUGGAAUUGCUUGUGUGCAUUGCUUGCCUUGAUCCAUCUAACUCGUUCUCUCACUUUGACAAGGACAAAUUACUUCGUCUUGUUGAUUUUUAUCCACAAGACUUCACCGAGCUCGACAAAUGUGAGCUCAAUGAUCAGUUGGAUACUUACAUUGUUGAUAUGCGCUUAAGCAGUGAAUUUCAUGGGUUGAAUGGAAUUAGUGAUCUUGCUCGCAAAAUGGUAGAAACUAGGAGAAACAAGGUGUAUCCUUUGGUUUACUUGAUUUUGACUUUGGCAUUAACGUUGCCGGUUGCUACUGCUACAGUCGAGAGGGCAUUUUCAGCCAUGAGUAUCAUCAAGAGUAGAUUGCGCAGUCGGGUGAAUGAUGAAUGGGUGAGUGAUGCUUUGCUUGUCUUUAUUGAAAGAGACAUUUGCGCGGGAAUUGACAAUGAAACAGUUAUGAAUAAUUUUCAAAACAUGAAAGGUCGAAAGGGCCAGUUGUAA